GAGAGAACAAUGAGGGAGUUGUGAGAGCAGUAUCUGUUGUUUUAAGCCACCCACUUUAUGGUCUUUUGUUAUGCAGCCACAAGAAAACUAUUAAAAAUACCUGUGUAAAAUUUCUGACACACAGAUAGAACAUGCUAGCAAUUCUUUCCUCGGCCUUCUUUUCUGGUAACUUUAUAACUAGUUUUCCCAAAUACCAGUCAGUUAUUUGCUUAACACGAAGUGAUCCUGAAAGCAAAACCAAAACUCAGUAGGCUGGGCUUCAAUGGUUCCUAAGAAUUAGUUGUGAUUUGAAUCACAACUGAAUGGCAAUGACGUCUUUUCUCCUGUGGAAUUAUUAUCUGAUGGCUUUUCAUUAUCCAUCUUCCUGAUGCCCAUGGGCCAGCUAGAAGGAGUCCCGGCUUCAGUCUACUGGCUGUUGCAGUGGUCUAGGCGGCAACCUAGAGUUUUUGUUUUGUUUUCUUUUGGCUGUUUGUUUAGCUGUGGCUUCUAUGAAGGAAUCUGAUGCAAAGAGCAACUUUUAUUGUUUUGUUUUGUUUUGUUUUGUUUAUUUGCCUGAGGAGCAAGUGCCAAGUGGUGAUGUGAGUAUCCAGGGGGUUGAGGUUUUUCUGGCUCUUUGCGUUGGUGUGGAACAUGAUGAGGCUGUCGCAGUGGGGAGUGAACAAGUCAUCAAGUCAUGAGACCAGAAAAACUACAGAAAGCAAAACUUCAGAAGGGCCUGAGACUUUCAAUUGUCUGUUUCAGAUCCGGUAGACAACAUGUUCCUCCUCCUGCUAAUUUUGAGCCUGGGAGUACAGCUUCAUCGGAGCAGAGCCUUAUUCAGAGUGGUGAUCCCUAAAGAACUAUACACAGUGGAACAAGGCAGCAAUGUGACCCUGGAGUGUGACUUUUACUCUGAAGAUGACCUGGAUGUUGAAUAUAUACAAGCCAGUUUGCAAAAGUUGGAAGACAAUACAUCCUUGAACAGCGCCACUUUGCUGAAGGAGCAGCUGCCCCUGGGCAAGGCCUUAUUCCACUUCCCCCGAGUCCAGCUGAGCGACGCGGGGAAGUACCGCUGCGUGGUCGUCUAUAGGAGCUCCUGGGACUACAAGUACCUGACUCUAAAAGUCAAAGCUUCCUACAAGAAAAUAAACACUCGCAUCCUUCAGGUUCCAGGGACAGAUGAGGUGGAGCUCACCUGCCAGGCUGAAGGGUACCCCCUGGCAGAAGUCUUCUGGCCAAACAUCAGCGUUUCUGCCAACACUAGCCACAGGGAGACCUCUGAUGGACUCUACCAGGUCACGAGUAUUCUGCGCCUAAAGCCACUCCCUGGCAGAAACUUCACCUGUGAGUUCUGGAACGCUGAUGUGAAGGAACUUACUUCAGCCAUCAUUGACCCUCAAGGUGAGAUGGAACCUGAGAUCCCUUCAACUUGGCUGCUUCACAUUAUCAUCCCUUCCUUCGUCAUUGCGUUAAUAUUCAUAGUUGCAAUGAUAAUCCUAAAAAAACAAUGCUGCCAAAAGCUUUCUUCAAGAAAAGAUUUGAACGUGUGAUCUCCGGAGCUGAGGUGACUUGAUGGGACAUCCUCAAGAAGCCUCUGGACUCUGAACGAGAAUCCCUUGGCCCACAAAGCUUGUUUGCACUUUUCAAAUGCCCAUAUAUGACCAGCACUUUAAUCAGGAGACGACAACAAGGCUAGGCAGCUCCUGGCCAUUGUAUGCUCAGAGGACGGCAGGCAGCCCACCUCAUCUGGCUCUCACCUCUACAGCCUGUGACUGAGCAAGCACUAUUGCACUUUAGAAAAUGACCACAUUGGAUCCUGGACCCCAGUUCAUGUUCUCAGGCUCCUUCUUGCUGUCAGAGUAAAAUCAAAGGGAAUUAUUUUCCCCUAAGUUUCCAAAAACUUCCCAGAGCGGAGAUGAUGGAAAUCUUUAGUUACAGAAAUGGACAGAUUGCCAGUAAUUUUUAUCUAUAGGAAAAGGCUAUUGAAACUAUCAGCUCACAGACAGGACUUUCUACAGAGUCAAGCCAUUUAUACUUACUGGAAUCUUGAAAGCAUUUAAGUAAUUCUAAUCCACAGGAAGCAUUUAAGUACACAGAGUGGCCAACUACAAAUCAUGGAGAAAAGCCAGUGAGUAUUUUUGUGAAGUCUAAAUCACAAAGCAUUUAUUUGAUCUGUAAUCCUAUAUAAUAAAAGGCUAAUAUGCAAA